AUGUCAGCCCCAGACCAAGGCUACGGCCAGUACCCGCCUGCGGGUCAGCAGUAUGAUCAGCAACAACAGCCCUACCCGGAUCAACAAGGGUUCGAGGCUCAGCCUGGAGCACCCCCGCAAGCCGGUGCGCCGCCCGCUGCUGACGGAAGGAAGAAGAAGAGAAACUAUGCUGCCGGCGCAUUCGAUGUUGGAACUGGCGCAAAUGUAGUCCCCGGCGCUGGUCCGCCUAUGCCCGGCCAGACUCCCCAGUAUGGCAUGCCUCCGGCGGGACAGCCGGCGUACGGCGGCUUUGCGCAACAGCCCGACCCGCAGGCGCCAGUAUAUGGCGAUCCCUCCCAGCAGCAACCCCAGCAGUACGGCGCACCCCUGGCCUCGCCCGGCCAGCCGGGAGUCGGGGGUUACCAGGCGCCUGACCCCUACUAUACUGGCGGCGUUGGUGUGCCCGGCGCUCCCGCUGGCCCCGGAGGCGUUGCUGGCCUGACCUCAAAUCUUGCCGGCAUGCAGCUUGGUCCGGGUCAGCCGGCCCAAGCUACAGCCCAACAGCAAGCUCGACCAACACCGUUGAACCAGCUUUACCCGACUGAUCUGUUGAACCAGCCUUUCAACGUUUCAGAGCUCGAUCUUCCGCCCCCUCCCAUCAUACUUCCCAUGAACUCAAGCGUUACGUCGUCGCCCAUGGCAAACUGUCCGCCAAAGUACGUACGGUCGACACUCAAUGCUGUGCCUACGACGUACUCGCUGCUCAAGAAGUCAAAGUUGCCCUUCGCGUUGGUCAUCCAGCCCUACGCCGCUCUGCACGACCACGAUGAUAAUGUGCCCUUGGUUCAGGACCAAGUCAUCUCUCGUUGCAGGAGAUGUCGUUCGUACAUCAACCCAUACGUCGUGUUUCUCGACCAGGGUCACAGGUGGCGAUGCAACAUGUGCAACCUCACCAACGACGUUCCUCAGGCAUUCGACUGGGACGCUGCUGAACAGAGGGCCGUCGACAGAUGGCAGCGCCACGAACUGAACCACGCCGUGGUAGAGUUUGUUGCCCCUCAGGAGUACAUGGUCCGCCCUCCGCAGCCCCUGGUUUACCUCUUCCUCUUCGACGUGAGCUACGCCGCAGUCUCGAGUGGUCUCCUUGCCACAAGUGCCAGGACCAUCUUGGACAGUCUUAACAGGAUUCCCAACGCAGACCGCCGCACGAGGCUGGGAUUCAUUGCCGUCGACUCUAGCCUGCAUUACUUUGCCGUACCCAAGGAUGGCGAUGAGAAUGCCGAGACUAGCAUGCUUGUUGUUAGUGAUCUUGACGAGCCUUUCCUCCCUGUGCCUCAGGAGCUUUUGGUUCCUCUCACCGACAGCCGGCAGAGUAUCGAGAACUUCCUCGCAAAACUCCCCGAGAUGUUCCAGAACACGACGAACAACGGAUCUUGCAUGGGCUCCGCCCUCAGGGCUGGGCAUAAACUCAUUUCGCCACUUGGAGGCAAGAUUGUCGUUCUUAGCGCAUCUUUACCCAAUGUCGGCUACGGCAAGCUUGAAAUGAGAGAAGACAAAAAGAUCUUGGGAACGUCCAAGGAGAACAGCCUGCUUCAGACGGCCAACAGCUUUUACAAAAGCUUUGCGGUUGACAGUUCCAAGAACCAAGUCUCGAUUGAUAUGUUCCUCUUCUCUUCCCAGUACCAGGACGUGGCUUCGUUGAGCAACCUUCCAAGGUACACGGGCGGUCAGACAUGGUUCUAUCCCGGUUGGAAUGCGGGCCGGCCCGAGGAUGCCAUCAAAUUCGCGUCAGAAUUCAGCGACUACCUGUCGUCUGAGAUUGGCUUGGAAGCUGUGCUUCGUGUCCGUGCCACAACGGGUUUGCGCAUGAGCUCUUUCUACGGCAACUUUUUCAAUCGGAGCUCAGACCUAUGCGCUUUUCCGGCUUUCCCGCGUGACCAGUGCUACGUGGUCGAGGUUGCCAUUGACGAGACACUGGGAAAGAAUGUGGUCUGCAUGCAGACAGCCGUUCUCCAUACGACAUGCAAUGGCGAACGUCGCAUUCGUGUCAUUACUCUGGCUCUACCCACUACGACAAACUUGGCUGAUGUGUACGCCUCAGCCGACCAAUGCGCCAUCACGACCUACUUCAGCCACAAGGCCGUUGAGAAGGCUCUCAGCAGCGGGUUGGAAGCGGCACGAGACUCUCUGCAGAGCAAGCUCAUCGAGCUCUUGCAGACGUUUAGAAAGGAACUGGCGGGUGGGAGCAUGGGUGGUGGCCUGCAGUUCCCGGCCAACCUUCGCGGCCUGCCCGCGCUUUUCCUUGGUCUAAUCAAGAACGUCGGUCUCCGCAAGUCGGCUCAGAUUCCUUCGGAUCUUCGAUCUGCUGCACUGUGCCUGCUGUCUACGCUGCCGCUGCCGCUGCUCGUUCAGUACAUCUACCCGCGACUUUACUCGCUACACGACAUGCCUGACAAUGCAGGCAUUCCCGACCCUGAGACCAGCCAAAUUGUACUGCCGCCACCUUUGAACCUCUCGUCGGAGAGAUUCCAGCCCUUUGGCCUGUAUCUCAUCGAUGAUGGCCAAACGCAGUUCCUCUGGGUCGGCAGGGACGCAGUGCCCCAGCUGCUCAUCGACGUGUUUGGUGUUCAGGACCGCACACAGUUGCGCGUCGGCAAGGGCAGCGUGCCUGAACUGGACAAUGACUUCAACGAGCGGGUGCGCGCAGUCAUCUCCAAGAGCCGAGACUAUAAGUCGCGUGGCGUUGGCAGCAUAACGGUACCGCACCUGUACAUUGUUCGCGAAGAUGGCGAGCCGGCCCUGAAGCUCUGGGCUCAGACCCUUCUAGUUGAGGAUCGGGCAGACCAGGGCAUGAGCUACCAGCAAUGGAUGGGUACCUUGAGGGAGAAGAUCCCUGCCCAAUCUUACUUUUUACCUCGACUGCUGGGUUCCCCCGCGGCUCUCGAGAGAUCAUACAGGCGCCAUAGGACAGGAAUCAAGAAAAGGAUCAUGGUUGCAAUCGAACCGCGGGAGGCAAGAGGAUCGAACAGACGGAAACGUCUGAACUGCGUCGCGACAAAUGCCGACUUGUUCUGGAAGUUCUGCGAGCCGACGGGAUGGAAUCCCUCACCUCAAGAUUGA